AGGAUGGUCUCUCCCUCUUUUUUUUCCUCCUCCCUCCCCUCACCGUCUCUCCCUUAAUCCCAUUUGCCAUUGUACAUGCCCAAUCGCCUAUACUUUCCGCAUUUAACUUGGAUGACAUUUUUAUUUCAUCAUUAGCAUCAGACACCAGACUGACUGACACGCUGGGACGAGAAGGUUUUUUUUUUUACUUCUCUCCCCCCCGUUUUUGACGGAAACGCUCCGGGAUGAGACAUGCCCAUGUUUGUCUUUUUGUGACACGUAUCAGCGCUUUAUUUCAUUAUUUCGCUCGCCGAGAGGGAAGUGUGUUUUGACGAAGCUCUCCGGGUGUGAAGUCGAGUUAGAAAAACAGGAACUCCGAGCACCUGGGAUAUCCACAGUCUGUAAAUCGGCGUUUCUUUUCCUCCUUCCCCCCCACCCUCCCCUGGUUUUGAUCAAAUUUCCUGGACCUCCGCGUUCAGACCGCAGCUGCAGCGAUGCCAGAGACGACGCAAGAGACGUGCGCUCCGGCCAAGGAUUCCCCUUUCUUCAUCAAGAACCUGCUGAACUGUGACAGCAAGCCGUCCAAACCCAAACCGCCGCUUGUUGCCUCCGCUAAGGCGGCCUUAGAGGGGGGAUUUUCCCUUUCCCAGGUCGGGGAAUUCAACUUUCCACGCUUUGACGUGCCCGCGCAGAGAUUCACUCUGCCGGCGCACUACCUGGAGCGCCCAUCGGCGUGGUGGUACCCCUACACCCUUAGCUCAGCGGCUCAUCUGCACAGAACUGAAGCAAUCGAGAAAGCCGGAGCCAGAGAUUCCUCUCCCACCUCUGGCACGGACAGAGACUCCCCGGACCUGGUGCUCAAAUCCGAGCCGGACACAAAAGACGACGACGACGAGGAGGACGAUGAGCACAGCAACAACAAGAGCAGCGACGAGAUCGUCCUGGAGGAGAGCGACGCGGAGGAGGCCAAGAAGGACGAGCUGGAGGAGUGGAAGAAGCGCGACGAAGACAAGAAGCCGUGCCGCAAGAAGAAGACGCGCACGGUUUUCUCCCGGAGCCAGGUGUUCCAGCUGGAGUCCACCUUCGACAUGAAGCGCUACCUGAGCAGCUCGGAGCGGGCCGGCCUGGCCGCCUCCCUGCACCUGACGGAAACCCAGGUGAAGAUCUGGUUUCAGAACCGGAGGAACAAGUGGAAGCGGCAGCUGGCCGCCGAGCUGGAGGCGGCCAACCUGAGCCACGCCGCGGCGCAGAGGAUAGUCCGGGUGCCCAUCCUCUACCACGAGAACUCGGCCUCGGAGGGCGCGGGGGGCGCGGCGGCCAGCGUGCCCGUGAGCCAGCCGCUGCUCACCUUCCCGCACCCGGGGGUCUACUACUCCCACCCCAUCGUGACAUCCGUGCCGCUGCUCAGACCGGUUUGAAAGGCGCCGCAGAGUUUUGAUGUCACAGCGUAUCGUGAAAUAAUAAAAGACAAUAUUUUUUUAUACAAAGUCAGACACUGAGAAAAGGCUAAGAAGAGACUGUCGCUGUCAGGCAAACAUGGACUUAUUUUGUCAAAAAUAAUUAAUCGUGUCAUUUCCCAUAAGGGUCCGGAUAAUUCUUAUUCCUUAUUCUUAUUGACAUCUCAGGAGUCUGCCCACUGCAUGAUGAGUGCAUUUUUAUUUUACUUCUUUUUACAACCUGACUGUUGCUGGGCACGCCAGAUCUGUGCGAUGAAAUAAAUAAAUAAACGAAUGAUUUAAAAAAGACGAAAAAAAAGAAACAUGAAAAAAAAACUUGUUUACAUAAAAGUGGCGAACUACUUAUCAUCUGAUUUUUAUUUUCUUCUCCAGAGCUAAUGCUGUCAGGUGAAUUAAUUCACUAAACGUGAUACAAGUGUUUUAUUUGUUUUUUUCUUUUUUAAUUAUUAUAAUUAUUAUUAUAUUUAUUUUCUAAGCGCUUGACGGGGGACAAUCAAGACACUCUAGCUGUAAAAACCCACGUAGCUCUCUGUUUUUCAUUAUUACCUUCGGACGCUCCUUCCUCACAGACAGAUCUCUUAAGCACAAGACUCCAAAGACAGUUUGUGUUUUUUUUGGAAAAGAAAGAUGGAAAAUAAAGAGGGAGAAAAAAAAAUCACUGGUGUAAAAAAAUGUAAAUGUAUAUAUUUAAUGAGGCGCGGGAAAAGGAAAUUCCCCACGCUUCCCAUUUGUACAGCAAAAAACAAAACAAACAAAAAAAUAAUAAAAAUAAAACAACAACGUUUUGAUAUUGUAUUGCUGGAUCAUGUUGUGAAAUAAAUCGAAAAUAUUCCUUAUA